AUGUCCGCUGAAAAUCAAGAAGAAUUAUUAGACUACUCUGACUCAGAGGAAAUUGCAGUGCCAACCACCGCUCAAGCCGGCGAAGGCGAAGCUUCCAACGACACCGAGGCUGACAAGAAAGGUUCAUAUGUCGGUAUCCACGCCACUGGUUUCAGAGACUUUUUGUUGAAGCCUGAAUUAUUAAGAGCCAUUGGUGAUUGCGGGUUUGAACAUCCCUCAGAAGGUUCGUACACCAUUUAAUCCAUCUACGUGAAGUGACCAAUGUUCUUGAUGCUGCAAGUUGAUUUCGACAAAUUUUUUUUUUUUUCACUUUUCUAAUUCAAUCUUGAAGACGAUUCAUGUGUGUGUGUGUUCUUUAGAUGGACGAAGUAGCCAUCUUUAAACUUUUCCAAAAUUUGGGGGAAGAAAAAAGGAGAAUGCAAGCCACUGCCAGCCAGCCAGCCAGCCAGCGGAGCCUUCAUUUACUGAAACUUUUUCAGUUUACAACCUGCCAGGUUUUUUUUUCCCCCACCACUACAUGGAAUCGGACUACAGCUCAACGAAUAUUGCGUCCUUCAUAUUUCACGAAAACAAACGAACAAAUGAACUAACAAAUUUUUUUUUUCUCAAGUCCAACAAGUUUGUAUCCCACAAUCCAUAUUGGGUACUGAUGUCUUGUGUCAAGCCAAAUCCGGUUUAGGUAAAACUGCCGUGUUUGUAUUGUCUACAUUGCAACAGUUGGACCCGGUUCCAGGCGAGAUUUCCACGUUGGUCAUUUGCCACACGAGAGAAUUGGCCUACCAAAUCAAAAACGAGUACGCGAGAUUCUCCAAAUACAUGCCCGACGUUAAAACCGAGGUGUUUUACGGUGGUACUCCGGUCAAGAGAGACAUUGAAAAGUUGAAAAACAAGGACACUUGCCCUCACAUUGUGGUUGCCACUCCCGGUAGAUUGCACGCUUUGGUUCAAGACAAGGCCAUCAGAUUGAACAACAUCAAGUCGUUUGUGAUUGACGAGUGUGACAAAGUGUUGGAGUCCAUCGAUAUGAGAAGAGACGUGCAGGAUAUCUUCAGAGCCACGCCACACCAAAAACAAGUCAUGAUGUUUUCAGCCACCUUGUCUCAAGAGAUUCGUCCCGUUUGCAAGAAAUUCAUGCAGAAUCCUUUGGAAAUUUAUGUUGACGAUGAAGCUAAGUUGACUUUGCACGGUUUGCAACAAUACUACAUCAAAUUGGAAGAGAAGGAAAAGAAUAGAAAGUUGUCGGACUUGUUGGACUCUUUAGAAUUCAACCAGGUGAUUAUUUUCGUCAAGUCCACUCAAAGAGCAAAUGAAUUGAACAAGUUGUUGUGCGCUUGCAACUUCCCUUCCAUUGCCGUUCACUCGGGAUUGCCACAAGAGGAAAGAAUCGAGAGAUACAAGUCGUUCAAAGAGUUUAACAAGAGAAUCUGUGUUUCCACUGAUGUUUUCGGUAGAGGUAUCGAUAUCGAGAGAAUCAACUUGGCGAUCAACUAUGACUUGCCAAACGAGGCUGACCAGUACUUGCACAGAGUUGGUAGAGCUGGUAGAUUUGGUACCAAAGGUUUGGGUAUUUCUUUUGUUUCGACAAAGGAAGACGAGGAAGUCUUGGAGAAGAUCCAAAGCAGAUUCGAUGUGAAAAUCACCGAGUUCCCAGAAGAAGGAGUCGACCCAUCCACCUACAUGAACACAUAA